GCUCACACCGGGAUAUGUGACCAGCAUGGAAGAUUGUGAACUCGCCCAAUACCGCGACAUGAUCAUUGAAGGCGAUCUUCCCCUCGACCUGAGACCGCCGCCGCGCCUCUACCUGCCGCACUACCUCCGCGACGACCGCGAAGACGACUCCUCGUACCCCCAAGACGAUACCUACGUGUCCGUAGAUGAGGAUACGCCAGAAGUGCCCCCGCCGAGUGAUUCUGACCGCUACGACGCCUCUAGUCCCAGCGAGAGCAAACCGUCUUCACCUAAGAAACCGAAGCAGAAGUCCUCCUCACAGCUCAUCAAGCCGCCUUACUCUUACAUCGCGUUAAUCACCAUGGCAAUACUACAAUCGCCACACAAGAAACUGACCCUCAGCGGCAUCUGUGAGUUUAUCAUGACCAGGUUCCCUUACUACCGCGAGAAGUUUCCCGCUUGGCAGAAUUCUAUCAGGCAUAAUCUGAGCCUGAAUGAUUGUUUCAUAAAGAUACCUAGAGAACCAGGGAAUCCGGGGAAAGGGAAUUAUUGGACGUUGGAUCCUUUGGCUGAGGAUAUGUUCGACAAUGGAAGUUUUCUGCGCCGUCGGAAAAGGUACAAGCGGCCGGCGCCUUCUUUGCAACACGCUCAUGCGGUGGUGGCUAUGUUGGCGCGGGAAGCUUACGCUCCACUUCUGCCUUUACCGUGCUACUUGCCUCCCACUCCUUUAUUGUCUCUUCCAAGGCCACCUCCGGCUGCACUAAGGCCUGUUCCUUUGCCCCCGAGAGUGGCAGAAACGACAGAACCAAGAAGUAAAAGAUCACGGAACGGGUUCUCAAUUGAGUCGAUUAUUGGGAACCAGGACCAAGUGCCGUCGGAGCCGAGGAAAAGUGCGUUUUCCCCCCUUCAUCAGGCAAAUGGACCCCCAGACGACUGGGCCAGAUGAAUGUAUCUUAACGGGUGUAUUCCUAAUCCUAACUCGUUUUAAAAAUAUUAGGACAAACAUGGGAAAAGACUUUCCGACGGAAUUUGACAGUGGAAGAGAAAGUGUAAAGACUACUUUUUAUUGUAAAGUUUGCAAAUUGUACAUAAUCGACGGGUUUGCUCUACCAAAAAUGAAAUAUGUACCAAUAUAUUAUUUUUUAAGUGAAAUAAAAUAAAAUUUAGAAAAGCCAAGAGGGAAUUAGUGUUCAGUGAUACUUUUGUUUGUAAAUAUUUAGCAAGAGUGUUUGAAUUUCGUCCGAAAAUUAAAUGUAAGAUAAAUAAUAUCAAUGUGCCAAAAAUUAAUGUAAAUAUAAUAAUAUUUCUCUUUUAAUUUAAAUUCGAUAUGCUGCUGUUUUGUUCCAAUACACAAUAAUGAUAUUAUUUUUUUGUUCCACUCUUUUUAUAAUAAGCAUGUUGCCAUUAAAUGCAGUACCUAAUACACAAGUAAAUCUAGUCAUCCUUUGUACAAAAUAGUAAAAAAAUAAGUAAAAAUUAAGUUGUAAAUAUAACUUAGUAUAAAAUAAGCAAUACACAAAAGUAAG